AUGGCCGUCACCACCCCUUCUUCUCCCUCCAACGCCCCUCUCAAUCCUUUUCACCUUGCUCAUGCCAUCUCUAAUAUCAAAUCUCUUAUCCCCGUUACUCUAGAUCUGAAAAAUCCUAAUUAUAAAAAAUGGAGCCACUUUUUCACAAUUACCGUCGGUCGUUUCUGCCUCUCCGAUCUUCUACAUGGAAAACCCCGACCGGAUUCGAUUUCCGCCGAUGAAUGGCAGCGCGCCGACUAUCUCCUCCAAUCUUGGAUCUACGGCACCAUCUGCGACGAUCUAUCGAGCAUGGUUCUCUCAAAAACCUCCACCGCCAGUGAUCUAUGGACCGCCAUCUCUUCUCUCCUCACCGAUAACAAAGAUUAUCUAGCCAUUCAACUUGAAGAAAAAUUCAAGUCCCUCAAGAAAGGCACUCUCUCCAUUCACGAUUAUUGCCAAAUAAUCAAAACCACGGCGGACAACUUGGCGGAUGUCGGAAACCCAAUCCCCGACAAACAACUUGUCCUACAAACCCUACAUGGCCUUCCAAAAAAUUACGGGACCGUCGCCAACCUCAUCUCCUUUCAGAAUCCUCUUCCCACCUUUCUACAGACUCGAUCGGUUCUUCAGAUGGAAGAAACAAGAAUUGCUGAACCGGAGCAGACCGCUGUUGUUUUCUACGCCUCCAACGCGAACUGUCCAUCCAACAGUUGCAACGGUUCCUGCAACAGUUCCCGCGGUGGUAGUUCUUCGCGCUAUCAGCGCGGGAGUGGCUGA